AUGGUGGCGGGAGAGGAGCCUGUGUUAGGAGCUGGAAAGGCAGUUGCAGCAUCUUUGAUCAACAUCGUGUGCGGUGCCUUCGGUCUGCUUCGCUGUGAGGGCAACGACGAGACUCCGCUUAUCGUCCGGCAGACUGGUGUCGAGAUCGCCCAGGAUUGCAGCCACGAGUCGCCGCUCCGGCUGGUUGAAAGUCACCGCAGCGGUAAGAACGGUCGACAGCGUGCUUAUCUCGUCGUCCAGCUGUCGUACCUUGGCAUUCGGACCAAUGACCGGAUCAUCUCGUCGGUGACCCCUAUUGACGCAUCUUCGUCGAUCUGUAUCUUGAGCUGGUUGGAAGGCAAGAUAUGGCAAUCUGCUACCGUGACCGAGGAAGACGACCUGGGUCACGACAUUCGUCCGAGCCGUUGCCAACGGCAGCGUGUACGUGAUUUCGCCGAAACCAUGGGCUGGACGGUCUUUCGGAUACUGGGGGACUGCGUCCACCUGCUGUCCAAAUGCAUCCUCAUGUUCGCCAUCCACCGCAAUCGGAGCGCCGAGGGCAUCUCUCUCAUCACGCAGAUCCUCUAUGCCGUUAUAUUCUGCACCCGGUACCUUGAUGUUUUCAGUGAGACGAGCUCCUGGAAUCUGUUCUUCAAGAUUUUCUACAUUGUUUCGUCGUUUUAUAUUAUUGCUAUUAUGAAAUGGGUCUAUCCGCGCUCGCGCGAGAAGGAACUGGCCUGGAAGAUGGGCGCCACCAUCACUCUUGGAUCGCUGCUCAUCUCUCCGUUCGGAAUGAUGAUCUUUGAAAGCAAACGAAUCUGGAGCUUCCGAUCGUUUCUGUGGUCCUUUUCCGAGAUUCUCGAGUCCGUGGCCGUUUUGCCCCAGCUGCUGCUUCUACGACAGACGACCGUGCCGACCGUCAUCGACUCCUUUUACCUGCUCGCUCUCGGCUCCUACCGCGGCCUCUACAUUCUCAACUGGAUACAGCGCGCGGCUGGCCCGUCCGGCCGGAAACCUAACGGAUUGUCCGUCACGUUUGGCAUCAUUCAGACACUCUUCUACCUCGACUUUGCCUGGGUCUACUGGACGCGUCAGCGGGUCAAGCUCCGCAACGGCGGCGUUGUGGACGCCGACGACAUCCGCCAUGGCUGGCUGAUCAACCGCGUUCUCGGCAAACACGUUGACCAGUCGGGCCACGACGACGAGGAGAGUGCGCCGGCGCUCGGAGGCCGGGGCGGCAGUGAAAGCAGCAGUGGGGGGACCGGUUCUCGGUGGGGAGUCCGUGGCAUCUCUGUCAGUGCCGACGACGCUACACUCGAGCACGAGGGCGAGGAUGAGCAUCUCUUCGCGGCCGAACGGUCCGACGGUCACCACAACCUGGAUGCCAGCGUAGACCCGGACGCCAAGAUGCAGGACCCAGAUGAGCUUGCCCGGGCCCUCGACGACGAUGACGAAGACGACGACGAUACCCCACCUUUGGCGCCCCGGAAGGACCGUGAAGGCGAGGCUAGUGGUGUCCGGAAUGAUGAAUGGGCCGAGUAG